CUUAAGUUUAUGUACGCUGGUCGCUGUAGGCAUGUCAUUUUUCCACGUGUUUUCAAGAGCAUUUUUUCAUAGCUAAAUUUCAAUUUGGUUAAAUUUUAUAUUAAAAAUAUUUUUCGCGGCACUCAAGUUGUCGUUUUUAAAUAAUUAUUUUUUUUUGGAAAUAAUAAGCAAUGGGUAGGCCAGGGUUUUCCCCACGUGGUGGUGAUCGCGGUGGAAGAGGUGGUGGCGGUGGAAGAGGGAGAGGAGGUGGUGGCGGAGGCGCACGCGGUGGGUUCGGUGGUAGAGGAGGCGGUGGUGGUGGCGGCGCGCGUGGUCGCGGAGGCCCACGUGGUGGUGGUGGUGCUAGAGGUCGUGGGGGGCCCCGCGGAGGUGGUGGAGGUGGUUUCCGCGGUGGGAAAACUGUAAUCAUAGAGCCACAUCGUCACGAAGGUGUCUUUAUUGCUCGUGGUAAAGAAGAUGCGCUUGUUACACGCAAUUUUGUACCUGGCUCCGAAGUUUACGGGGAAAAAAGAAUAUCUUCCGAGGUGGACGGAGAGAAAGUUGAGUACAGAGUAUGGAAUCCAUUCAGAUCAAAACUAGCUGCUGCAAUUUUAGGAGGAGUUGACAAAAUACAUAUGCCUCCUGGAUCGAAAGUGCUUUAUUUGGGUGCGGCGUCUGGCACAACAGUUUCCCACGUGUCUGAUGUCGUCGGACCUGAGGGUCUUGUAUAUGCUGUGGAAUUCUCACAUCGUUCUGGUCGUGACCUUAUUAAUGUGGCUAAAAAGCGAACAAACAUCAUUCCCAUAAUCGAAGAUGCUCGCCACCCGCACAAAUAUCGUAUGCUUGUGGGUAUGGUUGACACAAUAUUUGCCGAUGUUGCCCAACCAGAUCAAGGAAGAAUUGUCGCCCUUAACGCUCAACAUUUCCUCAAAAACAACGGGCACUUUGUGAUAUCCAUUAAGGCGUCAUGUAUUGAUUCGACAGCGCAGCCUGAAGCUGUUUUUGCAGCCGAAGUUAAAAAAAUGCAAGCAGACAAGCUCAAACCACAAGAACAGAUAACUUUGGAGCCAUAUGAAAGAGAUCACGCUGUAGUUGUUGGUGUUUAUCGGCCGCUUCCAAAAGGUGGAAGUUAGAAUUGACUAGCUUUUAUAUAGGCAUUAGUUUUAAGUUUUUUUUCAAUAAAGUAGACGAUGAAGUAAAAAAACA